AUGUUGAAUGUUAUCACAACUUCGAUCCACUUUCUUUUCUACAAUAUGAUAAGUACCGAGGACGUUGAAACCCAGCCAAAAGUGCCAAACUUGCUAGAGCAUAGGUUAGGAUUAUGCGAAGCAUGUAACGCACGCGCCGCUCAAUACACUUGCCCACGCUGUGAGGUUAAAACAUGCAGUCUGGCAUGUCUGAAUCUGCACAAACAAGAGCUUAAAUGUGAUGGUAUCAGAGACCGUACAAAGUACAUUCCGUUGGUGAAAAUGACCAGAGUGGAUCUCAUGAACGAUUAUUACUUCCUAGAGGAGUGCACAAAAUUCGUACAGGAUCGCAAACGGGACCACAGAAAGCGAUUUACGUGCAUCAACAAACAUCUGCCGAACCAUUUGGUACGACUUCAGCGAGCGGCGAUGGCUCGUGGAACAUUGUUGAAGUUUAUGUUACAACAUUUUAGCAAACGCCAGAAGAACACCACUUAUCUUGAUUUCAAAAGUGGAAAAAUUAUGUGGCGCAUCGAAUGGUGUUUUCCCGAUGGCAAUGAAACAUUGGUUUUUGUAGAUGAAAAUGUGAGCGAAGAUUGCAAACUUCAUGACAUUGUAGACAAAUAUUUACAACCUGCAGGGAAAUCGAAUAUCACGGGAGCUGCCAAACUUGUUUACUACCAAUCACGAGGAAUUUCGGCGGUAACGUUACUGCUCAAAGCAGAAGGAAUAAAAAAAUGUCGUGAUCGCACUAUUCCGCUUAACGUAAACGAUACCAUCCACGAAGCGUUACGUGGCAAAACUAUAGUGGAAUUUCCAACUAUUUAUGUGGUGUUUACAGACCACUUAGAUCAUUUCGAUGUCGUCAAUAGUGAUGACGACAUGGAUGUGCAAAUACAAAAAUACAACGAGAGCAUCAAACAAACAGACGGCAGUUCAAAUCUUAAAAACAUAGAAGGUCGGUUGGACAACAUGAAAAUUUCAAAACUAAAUCGAGUGAAUGCAACACAUGGAGUUCAACCGCGCGAUAGAACUUGUAAUUACCUAUUUAGUGAUGAUACGUUUCUGAACGAAUCAUCGGAAUCAGAUGGAGAACCAUCAUACGAUAAUGAAUCAACCGUGCCAAAAAGACUUAAGUCAGAUCCUUCAAGCUUUGAUGUUAUUGAAAAUAUUGAGGCCCCGCUUCAAUAG